GAGCCAACGAACCCGUCAAAAUCCACGGACGCGGCGGCGGCGCCAGGCGUCGACGCGUACGUUUCACUGCACGGCGGGACCCGACACGUAACGGAACGGACUCUGGACCCGUGCAGCCACGACGCCGCCAGCCCGCCACCCCACCUUCCUCCAGGUCAACCACCAGCUCGCAUCGCCGCUGCCGGACUGGAGCACUUCUCGUCAAACUUUUCCUCUGAAUAUCCAUUCCCCUGUUGCUAGUUUCUGCGUCCCUUUGGGGAGUUGGGAGUCGCGUACCCAUAGGCCACCACCGCACUUGCAGUUGCAGAGGAUUUUAUGCUCCCAACGAGCAGAGAGUGAGGGAGGAUCCCCAGGCCAGGGCACUUGCAAUUGCAAAGGAUUUUUAGCCUCCCAACGAGCAACGAGAGAGAGAGAGAGGGGGUGUUUUGCUCUUGCGUGGUUGGUGGCGUUAAAUAUGGACGUCCUGGAUCACUCGGACGAUGAGGAGGAGCAGCAGAGCCGGUACGCCACCAGCAGCGGCAGGCAAGGCUCCAGGCUCGGCGCGCGGCGGCGGAAGCGGAGGUCCGGCGGAACCCACCAGCACCUGCUGCUCAUGGACUGCGUCGGCGGCAGCGGCGAUGGGGACGGCGCGUUGGAGGACACCGUGCCGCUGCCGGACUACGAGCGCCUGUCCCAGUCCGCGCCCCUCCACGACGACGCCGCCAAGAACCCGCUUCCGGCUCUGCUGCUGGCCGUAGAGGAGGAGGAGCAGCAGCAGAAGGCGCAGGCGCCGGCGUUCCCGCCGCAGCCUCCGCCGCCGCCAGUGCCGCAGCAGCAGAAGCCGGCGGCGUGGAGGCUGAUCGAGUACGUGCGGUCCAGGAACAGGGCGGGCGGCGCAGCUGGGAUGGCGGCCGGUGGGUGCGGCGCCGGGUCUGAUGGCGAUUCCAAGAGCUCCGAGGACGGCGAGGAUGGCGGCGGCGAGGAAGGGAAGAAGGACAAGAAGAAGAAGAUGAAGCGGUCGUCGUGGCUGCCGGACCCCGAACGCCGGUGGCCGGUGCAGGGCUUCUACUAGCGGCGCUCUUGCGUGCGCCGAGGUCCAUCAUUUUCCCAGUCUCCUCGUCAGCAAAAGUAAAACCGUUGGUCAAUUUUUUUGUCGAGGGUAAAACCGUUAGUCAUGAAUCAUGACGCGUCUCUGACCCAUCACCCAUGCGUUGGCUGCUUCCGUCUCUCUUUUCAAUUUUUUUUCUCCGCUUUCCUUCUUUUCGGUGUGGGUUUGCAAUGUCAAUGCACGGACAUAAAUGACGAGGACAAACCUGGCAUGCUUUUUGCGAUGUACUAUAACAAUGUAAUGAUCUUCUACAAAAAUGCAAGGCAAUAUAUUUUGAGGGCGUCUCAUGCCACGUUCAGCUUUCAGCUUCCCGGCGCUGAUGCACCAGGACAGGGUUAUUUUUACAAAACAAACAAACAUUUACGCUCUUUUUAGUGGUCACACUUUUACAACAAAACACAUAUAAUAUAUGCUCUUUUUAGUGGUGCGCCAGGAUCGAUUUGUUGACAGCUUCGCCUUCAGAGCUUCUUAAUUGCAUCCUCUUUCUUCGAUAUCUUGUGUCCAAAGAAUCAGAAUUUUUUUUAUUUAUCUUCUUCACGCAUUUCACAACUUAUCUUUGCAGAGAGCAAUUUUCACAACUAGUUGCCGUCUCUGGAAAUAUUACUGCAGCCAUCAAACACUGCACACUGAGUGAAAAAGGCACGCAGAGGCAUCAUUAUUAGAGUUAAAACACGGAGCAUACGCUGCAUACCUUUACCUUGGUUAUUAGCUAAAACGAGUACGGACAGUUAAGUGCACAAACGACAGACAAUAUAUACAGACAAUCUUGAAAAAAAAAA